CCCGCACCUCCUCGACCCGCCUCCUCGUCCGCCGACUCGCAGCUCGCAGCUCACGCCUCAAGGUCCUCGUCCAGCCAUGGCGUCCUACUUCAACAAGACGUGCCCGGCCGAGAACGCGGCAGCAAUAGAUCAGGCGUCGUUCUUCGACGGGAGGUGGGAUGCGCACGAGAUCGGCUGGAUCAUCGCCGGCGUCACGACCAUCGUCUCGACCUUGAUCACGCUCGUCAGCGUCUGGCUCCACGGGCGCAACUACUACAAGCCUAAGGAGCAGCGUCAAGUCCUGCGCAUCCUCUUGAUGCCCGCCGUCUAUGCGAUCGUAUCCUUCUUCUCGUACCGCUACUUUCGCGCGUACACCUAUUACAGCGUCUCGGUGGUCGCCUACGAGUCGCUCGUCCUCGCCGCCUUCCUCAUGCUGCUUCUCCAGUACAUCGGCGAGUCGAACGAGGAGCAGCGCAGGGUGCUCAAGGACAAGGAGAAGCGCAAGAUCCCGUUCCCGUUCUGCUGCAUUCGGUUCCGGCCCUCCAAGCCCUACUUUAUCCACGGCCUCAAGUGGUCGGUUCUUCAGUACUCGCUCCUUCGCCCGCUCAUCUCUAUCAUCGAGAUUAUCUGCCAGGCCUACGACGUCCUGUGCCCGACCCAGUACUCGGUCUACUUCGCCGAGGCCUACUUGGACGCCGUCGAUUUCGUGUCUAUCUCGGUCGCGUUGUACGGCUUGAUCGUCUUCUACGCCCUAGUCAAGGAGCGGCUCGCCGGCAGGAAGCCGCUGGCCAAGUUCUUGUCGAUCAAGAUUGUCGUCAUGCUCCUCUUCUACCAGAGCUUCAUCUUCUCGGUCCUCCAGUCGCAUGGCGUGAUCAAGGCGACCGAGUUCUGGACGGCGACCAACGUCGCAGACGGCCUCUCUGCGCUUUGCGUCUGCUGCGAGAUGGUCAUCAUGAGCGGCGUCUUCGCGUGGGCGUUCAGCCACAAGGAGUACCGCCACCUUCGGCCCGACGGCGCAGGGCACACGUCGGUCUUCUGGUCCGUCCUCGACUCGCUCAACUACAGCGACUUCCUUCGCGAGGGCUGGCGCGGCCUCAAGUUCCUGUGGGACUUUGUCCGGCGCAAGCCGGGCACGCACGCCGGCAAGCGCUCCCGCAAGCUCCUCGCCGAGAAGGGUUUUGCGUCGGAGCAGCCGCACGUCGCCGCGCCCGACUACGGCCUCGACUUUGACGCCGCCUUCCGAGGCCUCGACUCGAGCGACGGCUCGCCCGACCUCACCGAUCUCGGCCACGACGGCACGUUCGACCCGUACGAGGCGCACCCGUACGCUGUAUCUGGGCAUGGGCACGGUACCGCCGAGCGUCGUCGCUCGAUGUCGGGCGAGUACGACGACGACGCGCACGUCGGGCAGGGAGGAGCGGGCUAUGCGCCGACGGCGGGAGGAGCGCGGCUGAGCGUGGACCAUCAGGCGAUCGAGAUGGGCGCAAUGUACCCGCCGGCGAGGCGCGAGUGACCGCCGCACGCCGGCGAGGAGGGUCCGAGCGAGCGAAGCCGGCGUCGCGAGGUGGGCUUUCGCCUCUUCUCUCUCUCUUCCUCUCCGAGACAGACAUUUGUAGCCCGCUCUAGAUCAUGCAUGUGUAUCUCAGGAGCCUUUCUCAUC